GCAGAAGCUGCUAGAACUGCCACAACACAAAUUAAUAAUGGACGUCACUACGCGAUGGAACUCAACUUUGGAUAUGCUCGUUCGUUACCUGGAGCAGCAAGCUGCCAUAGCAGCAGCGCUCACCGGCCCAGAGGUAAGACAGCAUGCCCGUAACAUUGAUACACUGGAUACCUGCGACAUCGUGAAUGCCGAAGACCUUGUAAAGCUUCUGAAUCCUUUAAAGACAGCUACCACAGUCUUGUGUGAAGAGAAGACUCCCACAGUUUCUCUCAUUGUACCAUUAAAGAACAUGAUUGAACAAAGCAUGGCACCAAAUGACAGCGAUUCCCCCACUGUGACUGACGUCAAGAGAGCAAUCCUCACUAAUAUUUCAGGGAGAUACAGUGGGGAUGUAUAUAACUACCUGCUAGAAAGCACAGCGCUGGACCCGAGAUUCCAGACUUUACCUCAGCUAGACCAUGACCAGCGCGAGGCUGUCUUCCAGAGUAUAAAGAAAAGGAUUGAACAGUUGCUGCAAAAUCAGCCCACAGAUGAGACAUCAGCUCACUGUUCCACACACUGGAGAGAUGGAGCUCUUGGAGCUGAGGGUGGAGCUGAGGGUGGACCUGAGUCAGAAGAGACAGAACCUGCUACCAAGAAGACUGCACUUGAGGAUCUGCUAGGGGAUGCUUUCUCUAAGACAGAACAGUCCAGCAAAGGGAUUGAGAGGGAAAUUGAACUUUACAGAAGAGAGCCAUCUAUCUCACUCAGUUGUUGCCCCCUUAAGUGGUGGAGAGAAAACAGCUCCAAAUAUCCUUUGCUGUCUCCACUUGUCAAAGCAUAUUUUUCCAUCCCUGCUACCUCUGUUCCAAGUGAACGUGUCUUUUCAACUGCAGGAGACAUAGUUACUGCCCAGAGGUCACAAUUGUUGCCAGAAAAUGUUGAUAUGCUAAUAUUCUUAAAAAAGAACAUGUCCUUAUCCUAGGCUGUUUUGUGUAUUUAAAGGAGUAGUUCACCCAAAAAUGGUCCCCAUUGACUUGACCAUAGUAAUAUUUUUCCUACUAUGAGAAGUCAGUGGGUCCCAUUUUAAGAGUGGACUACUCCUCUAAUCUUGUAGCUGUUUUUCAUGCUUGAAGAAACAAAUGUUCAGUAUUUCUUUGCACUUUAAGUUUUAAUACAGCACUACUGGUUACAGUAUGGUUGCUGAUAUUUGUGCAGGUAUAUUUGUUAUUUAUUUUUAUUUAUUCUGUAAACAAUUUUUGUUGCACUUUAAGUUUUAAUACAGCACUACUGGUUACAGUAUGGUUGCUGAUAUUUGUGCAGGUAUAUUCGUUAUUUAUUUUUAUUUAUACUGUUUACAAUUUUUGUGCAAUUACUUGCCUGUGAUUUUGUGGCAAAACAUUUUGCAGUGUUUACUGUUAUUAUUACUGCAGCAUUAGUGCAUAAUAUACUUUAUUAAAAA